AUGUUAAAAGCUUUAAAUGACCCUUUUAAGAGGCGUGUAGCUCUGUCUUAUCUAUAUGAUUGGAUAUUAGUCAUUAUAAUGACAGCUGUUUUUUUUGCCAUUGACCGCAUUACACCAUUUCAUAGAAUGUUUUCACUUGAAGAUAAAUCAAUCAUGUAUCCAUAUGCUGAAAAAGAAUCUGUUCCAGUGUGGUUAUUAAUGAUUAUUUGCUUUAUUGCACCUAUUAUUAUUAUUGCUAUUAUCUCCUUAAGCGGGAUAGGAUAUAAAAGAAAUUUACAUGAUUUUCAUAGUGGUGUUCUCGGUCUUUGUUUAGGCUUAUCAAUGACUAUUAUGUUAACAGAUGUUAUUAAGAUUACAGCGGGACGACCAAGACCUGAUAUGUUAUCUAGAUGUAAGCCUAUUGAAGGCGCUGCAGACCCUAAAUUCGGACUAUCAAGUAUAGAUAUUUGUACAGCAGAUAUUCACUCACAUAUCAUGAUUGACGGAUUCAAAUCUUUUCCAAGCGGGCAUUCAUCAUUUUCCUUUGCUGGAUUAGGAUUUUUAGCAUUCUAUCUUGCUGGUAAAAUGAAAAUGUUUGAUGAAAGAGGUCACACAUAUAAAGGAUUUUUGUUUGCAUUCCCUAUCAUUGGCGCAUUAUUAGUAGCUAUUUCACGUACAGAAGAUUAUAGACAUCAUUGGCAAGAUGUUACGAUUGGUUCUUUGUUAGGCAUUGUUUGUGCGUAUUUUGCUUAUCGACAAUAUUAUCCAUCACUUUCACAUGACUCUUGUCGAGACCCAUUUGCGGCUCGAGUUACAUUUUGUAAAAGAGGAGGAGGCAAUAAUGAAGGAAUAGGUAAUAAUAUAACUGUAUCAAGUAGCAUUAUAAACGUGCUAGAUACAGAAAUCGAACCUAAUAAUACAUAA